AUGUUGGUGUACGGCGACAACUAUGGACCGAUUUUGGUGAUGAAAUACGAAGCUGACGAUGGAGAGGGAGGAAGAAGAAGAUAUGGCAGUGGCAAGAUGAGGGAUACAAAGCGAUUCCAAUUUCCAGAGCAAAAGAGAUAUCAAUUGCAGGAAACCAUCUCAAUUCGUCUUCUGUUUUUCUUUAAGGAAAUGAAUAUAGGUAAUAAAGUAUACCUAAAAGACAUUGAAAGUUUGGCUGAUGAUUCACAUCUCAAACUACGGGUUUUAAAGAUGUGGAAUUUCAUAAGGAAUAAUAUCGUUUUAUCCAUUGAAAUGAUCGUCAUGGACGAAGAGGGAACAAAAUACCAGUCUCGUGUAUUUAACCAAAAUUUUUCCAGAUUUGGUCAUCUGUUAAAGGAAGAUCAAAGUUACAUCAUUUUAAAACCCAGUAUGGCUGCUGUGAAAAAUGGUUUUAGUGUUACCGGUCAGAGACAAACCAUUACUUUGGAUUGGAAAACUAUUAUAAAAAGAUGUGAGGAUUUUUCAGGUCCAGUUAAUGGUUUUGUGUUUGUUGAAUUUAAUUCUAUCAUCGAACAAACUUGCCCAAGAGAGUCAUUCUUUGGAGUAAGUCAAAAGAAUAAAUUCGGGAAACGGACGUCGCGAAGUUUAUUUUCCAUUGCCGCUCGAUUGAUCAGCGAAAUAAAGGGAAUCAGAAACCCUAGGUGGAGUGGUUUUCCGCCCAUACUUAAAUAUUUUGGCUGA